ACACAGGGGCACGUUCAGCCUCUCUCUCUCUGUCUCGAGCGUCAAAGUUCUCACUGAAGACAAAUGCAAUGAUGAGAAAAAGAGAUCGGGCUCUCUACAAAAUAAAGUAGCAACGCAGGAUGUCCCUCAGCCAUUCUCAAGGAGGGAACCAAAAUAGACGGCGCGGUGUUUGGGAUGGUCUUUUUUUCUCCCGUCAAAACGGAACGACCUUCUGGUUUGACAUUUUCACACACACACAAAUCUACACGGGUUAGUUGGAGUUAUUUUGCUCCCAAAAGUGUUUUAAAUUGGUAACAGGGCGAGUAUAGGUGAGACAAAGGGCUCUACCCAUCGACGGAUAUUCCGGAGCACCGCAUAGCCCACGAGAGUGUUGAGAACGACCCGCACCCCGGACAAUAUCUUGUUUUACAUAUCCAGGGAACAAAUAUGGUGCGUCUUCUAAUUUAUUUUCCGACUCUUUGGACAUCCAGAGAGCUGCCUGACAGUUGUAGGUGACACGGAGAAAUUGUAACGAUUUUGGGAUGAAUAAGUGGCGCGCGCAUCUCUCGCACGAGCGCAGGUGGACCAAAUGAAGAAGCGCUGUGGUAAACGAAAAGAAAACGCGCAAAACCCAGCGAUAUUUUCAGCAGAAUCUUUGUAAGCCACUCCUGUUGUUUUGUGGGGUUUCUUCUUCUCGCGUUUGUCCAUUUUCAAUUUUAAAUAAGCAUGCGUGGAAUACAGCUACUGUUUUGAGGGGCAGCGCGUUAAUGGGAGGAUUUUUCUCUGGACUAUUACAGUUUAUACAUCACUUUCACUUGAAAACCCAUUGUCGCGUGGAUAUUCAUCGUAUUAUCGAUUCCAGUCGAGUGGAAGAAUGCCUGAAGAUCUCUUUGCGGCCAAAGCCCUUUACAUGGGCAUGGAGGUGGUGAUAGCCGUGUCAUCCGUGAUAGGAAACGUGAUGGUGGUUUGGGCGGUAAAAAUUAAUAGAUCUCUGAGAGAUACUACGUUUUGCUUCAUUGUUUCUCUGGCGCUCGCGGACAUUGCAGUGGGAGCGCUGGUCAUACCGUUGGCGAUAACUAUAAGUAUCGGACUCCAGACUCACUUCUACAGCUGUCUGCUGGUGGCGUGCACGGUGCUGGUUUUGACCCAAAGUUCUAUCCUCGCCUUGCUCGCUAUAGCCAUCGACCGAUACCUGAGGGUCAAGAUCCCAACCAGUUAUAAGCGAGUGGUCACUCCCAGACGAGCUGGAAUUGCAGUAUUCGUCUGUUGGACAGUGGCCUUCAUAGUCGGCUUGACUCCCAUGCUGGGCUGGAACAAUUUACAAAACCUGCAACGUAAUAACAGCUUAAUCGGCCCUGACCUCAUCGUCACCUGCCAGUUUGAGAACGUCAUCAGCAUGGAGUACAUGGUCUACUUUAACUUCUUUGGCUGGGUACUUCCCCCUCUGCUUUUCAUGCUCAUCAUUUACUCUGAAAUCUUCUACAUGAUCCACAAGCAGCUUAAUAAGAAGGUGUCCAGCCAUUCUGAACCAAACAAGUAUUACGACAAAGAGCUGAAGCUGGCAAAGUCUCUGGCGCUAGUCCUUUUCUUGUUUGCUGUUAGCUGGCUUCCUCUCCACAUUAUGAACUGCAUCACACUCUUCUGUCCAAAGUAUGAGAAGCCCAUGUUCCUCAUUUAUAUUGCCAUUCUGCUCACGCAUGGGAAUUCUGCCGUCAACCCUAUCGUUUAUGCUUUCCGCAUCAAGAAAUUUCGUACUGCGUUCCAAAGGAUCUGGAACCAGUACUUCUGCUGCAAGGAGGCUCCUCCCCCUGAGAACCAGCUGAGUGAGAGACUGGAUAACAACCACUACAUCGCUGCCGCCGUCGCUACCCCUCCUGAACCUGCUUUGGAACAUAACAUCUGACUGACAUCCUAGGAUUCUCUAAGGAGGUCGAAUGACUUCUGCUGGCUGGACGUCCAAAGCUGUCAUGUCUUGGUUUGUCUCUUUUGAAUGUAAAUCAGAGUAAAUCAGAGCUCACAACUGACUCUUCUGGCUGAAAUGUCCCUUUAUUGGAAUAAUGAGACAGCAUCGCUUUAAAAAGCACCAAGGGAGUCAAACCAUUUGGAAGAGGAAGGGGAACCACAGGAAAUCUUGCUUUAUGAAGCAGCCUUGAAUGAUGCUUUUAAAUCAAAUUAGUUUAACAGUACAUAUCAUACAAUUAAAUUAUAAAAACAUGAGUAUUUGCUCAAAUAAUGAAUCAAAAGGAUUGCACACAAUUUUGUUUUACGCAGUUAUAAUAUAUACAAAUAUAUAUAUAUAUUAUUUAGUUAAAAUGGAAACAUCUAAUCACCAGUUACUACUUCAGUAUGAAUGUAUGCAGAACAGAUAUCAGAGCGCUGUACACUCUCAGGUUCUUGGAUAUUCUGCUUGUAUUCUGAACCUUUGUGCACAAUGACAGAAAGAGUAUGUCAGAAACAGUGACAAGGAGGAUGACACGGAUUUUUCUUGUCCUAUUAUGGAGUGUUUUCAGUGCAGGUCUGUUAUUGUGACGGACAAAAAAAAAUGUACUGCAGGCAGCUGACAUUGGAUUUCACUCACAGAUGCAGUGAGGUUAUCUUGCCUUUUAGCAAAAUUGUGUGUGUGUGUGUGUGUGUGUGUGUGUGUGUGUGUGUGUGUGUGUGUGUGUGUGUGUGUGUGUGUGUGUGUGUGUGUGUGUGUGUAUGUGUAUGAUUGAGUGCAUGUCAUAACCAACAUGGAAUUGUUUGAGGAUAAGAAGAUACACUAUUUGUCCUAUUUGUCCAUAGUUUGAACAUAUUCAGGGUUAAUGAAUUAUCAAAACCAAUAGUGUAUUACCUUUCAGUAUUAUAGCAGAAUUUAGCUACACUUUAUCCAGAAUCAUAAUUAUCAGUUUUAAAAGGAAUAUAUGCUACACUUCUGGGAAAACAUAUUGUACUAUAUUUUGACUUGUCUUAAAGGGAUAGAGCACCCAAAAACAAAAACUGUCAUUAUUUACACACCCUCAUGUUGUUCCAAAUCCAUUUGGCUUUUUUUCUCCGCUAUAACACAGGAGAUUUUUAUACUUAUCUUUUUCAUGCAUUUAAAUUUUUGGGGUGAACUAUCCCUUCAGAGGUGGAGUGUGUAAUUUUUGGGAUGAUAACAUGCUUUCUUCAGUCCCGACUAUAUGUAAGCCAUUUGUUGGUUGAUUUCCCUGAAAAGUUUAACCACUGUGGCUCUGAGGCGCUAUCAAAUCAUUGCUCUGUUUGUUUGAGCAUCCUGACCAGCUUGACACUGACAUCCUGACCAUGAGUUUGGGGCGCCAAUUGCACAUGUGGCACAUGAGUGUUCGGCAAUUAUUUCUGCAAUUCUGUUUGGUCACUCUAGUGGCGCACAAAUUACACACUUCACUUGUCACACUCGUGUGGGGUUUUUGAUCUCACAUGUGGAUGAAAUACCAAGUAUAUACGGACAUCAAAGAUGAACACAUCUCUAAUCUGUCCAUAGUAAUGUUAUUCACUAUGUCCAGGUACAUUAUGUUCAUAAUUGUUAAACAGACGGUUGUGGAAUUACAAUCAUUUGUACAUUAAAUAUUUGAAUAAAUGGGAACAAUGGGCUAA